UGGCGCACGUCUAAUCCAGUUCGAACGAACCAUCGCCUGACCACAUUGGACUAAAAAGAAGCACCGCGCUAGACAAAAAACCCCAAAAACCAAUCGCGUGAUCCUCCGAUUGAAUUGAAAAGCCCCCAAAACAAAAUGAAAGCAAUAAGCCCCGUUCGGUCCUUCCGGAAGAACACCGCCGCCUUGUCGGAGCACUCGCUGGGUCUGUCGCGGAGCAAGACCCCGGUGGACGACCCGCUGAGUCUGCUGUACAACAUGAACGACUGCUACUCCAAGCUCAAGGAGCUGGUGCCCAGCAUCCCGCAGAACAAGAACGUCAGCAAGAUGGAAAUCCUGCAGCACGUCAUCGACUACAUCCUGGACCUGCAGAUCGCGCUCGACUCCAACGUCGCGCUGGGCUCGAACCUGCAUCACCCCGCGCGGCCGGGCCAGGGGGCUCCUCCUCUUCCUCCUCCUCCGGCCGCAUCCAGGACCCCGCUGACCACCCUCAACACGGACAUCAGCAUCCUCUCGCUACAGUCUCCCGAGUUGCCAUCCGAGCUGACGACAGAUGACAGCCGGACUCUGCAUCGCUAAAGGCGGUGUUUGGUCAAGAUGCGUUAAAAAAAAAAAUUCUCACAGGACCUGGGGAGCAUGCAGGGCUUCCCCCACCCCGUUCCUUAAGGGGAAAAAAAAACAAAAAAAAAAUCCAUCCCAACCUCUGUCCUCCUCCAGGCCUGCUGGAUUAUUUUUUUCCUCCUUCCAUCAUGAGACUUUCUGCUAACUAUGGGACAAUCUUUAUGAUGUGAUGUGCUUUUUUCCAUUAUUAUUUAACUUAAAAGAUUUUUUUUAUUUGUGAGUCCUUUCUGGAAAUGGAAGGCACGUUAUAUUCCCAGUUGUGGGAGGAAAAAUGAGAUUGUCAUGAAGAUUAUUAUUAUUACUAUUCCUCCUCAUUCUCCCUUUUUGUUGAAGUCUUCGCUUUUUUUGCGGAGGUGGAAAUUUGGUUAUUUACUGUUUAAAAAAAAAAUGAAAAAAAUAAGUUUAGUCUUGUCUUGACAGGAUUGUUGGCACAUGAAGGACUGGAUGUUGUUUAAAGAAGGAAACUGAAAAAGAAUGACACCUUGUGAACUCUCCGGGAGUUGAUCUUGUAUAGUUGCAGGAAUUUCUGCCAAAAAAAAGUGUAAUGUUGUACUUAUGAUGAAACUUUUUAUAAAAGUAAUGUAAAUUGUACCUUUUUAUACAAAAUAAAUGAAAAAAAUUCA